UUCCUGGUUUCUCAUUGGUGGAGCGCGCUGUCUGUAAAGUCAUAUCCGCCUCUUGCUCUGUUUGGUUGGAUCUAUCCGCUACCCUUUCUCUCGGCGGUGGGUCGGAGCCGCUGUCCCUGGCCUCGCAUGUUCCCCUCUAAAUUCCUGUUUUGAAUUCGAUGCCCCUCUUGUAGAUUUGAUCCGUUUACACGCCUCUGUAAGGCCACAGUCAGGCGUCCAUACACCGGUGUUUUAUUUUUCCCAGUAACGUUAUUUGUCGUUUAAAGACUUUACCCGAACAUGGCUGUGGUGAGCGGAUCGUCUGGGCCGGUUGCCCGGCUUGAGGGCCGUGAAUUCGAAUACAUGAUGAAAAAGCGCUCGGUGACCAUCGGCCGGAACUCGUCUCAGGGCUCCGUGGACGUGAGUAUGGGCCACUCCAGCUUCAUCUCCCGGAGGCAUCUGGAGAUAUUCACCGCCAGCGACGACGGCACCGGUAGCGGGGAUUUCUACCUGAGGUGUCUCGGUAAAAACGGGGUGUUUGUAGAUGGAGUGUUCCUCAGACGGGGCGCCCCUCCUCUGCAGCUACCACGAAUGUGCACUUUCAGGUUCCCCAGCACAAACAUCAAGAUCACUUUCACAGCGCUGUCCAGUGGGAAGAAAGUGAAGCGCGAAGCUCCCGAGUCCCCAGUGAAACCAGUACAGCCCCAGAUCUCCCCCCUGACCAUCAACAUUCCAGACAACAUCGCUCACCUAAUGAGCCCCCUGCCAUCGCCCACUGGCACCAUUAGUGCUGCUAACUCGUGCCCCUCCAGCCCGCGGGGCGCCGGCUCUUCAGGCUACAGGAUGGGCGGGCGCAUGGUCAGCUCUGCAGAGCUGCAGCUCAUGAAUGACAACUCCCAGCCUGAGAACGACAAAGACGCCUCUGGAGGAGACAGUCCCAAGGAUGACUCAAAACCUCCGUACUCCUAUGCACAGCUGAUAGUCCAGGCCAUAACACUGGCUCCGGACAAGCAGCUCACACUAAAUGGCAUCUACAAUCACAUCACAAAAAACUACCCCUACUACAGGACCGCAGACAAGGGCUGGCAGAACUCGAUCCGUCACAACCUGUCGUUGAACCGUUACUUCAUCAAAGUGGCGCGGUCGCAGGAGGAGCCAGGCAAAGGCUCGUUCUGGAGGAUAGACCCGUCCUCGGAGGGCAAGCUCAUCGAGCAGGCCUUCAGGAAACGAAGGCCCCGGGGCGUGCCCUGCUUCCGGACCCCACACGGACCCCUCUCCUCCAGGAGUGCCCCGGCGUCUCCCAAUCACUCUGGGGUUCUCUCCGCUCACUCCAGUGGCGUCCAGACCCCCGACAGCCUAUCACGAGAGGGCUCUCCGGUUCCCCUGGAGCUGGAGACCUCCUCGGCUCCUGCCCCGGCGUCCACCACGGUGGUCCAGCCCAAACUGGCAGUCAUCCAGGAAGCACGCUUUGCACAAAACACACCAGGCUCGCCUGUUAACAACCAGCCGGUACUCAUAGCAGUCCAGCGUCAGUUACCUCAAAACAUGAAGCCAGUGACCUACACCAUGGCAUCCCCAGUGAGCACCAGCACCUCCCAGCCUGCUGUCCAGACGGUCCACGUCCUGCAGCAGAUCCCGGCCGGGUCCCUCAGCUCGGCCGCCGUCAUCGCCCAGCCAGCCGCCAUCAUCAAGAGCGAGCCACAGGAGAACGGAGAGCGCACAGGGCUCAAAGUCAAAGUGGAGACGGUUCCCACCAUCACCUCUAUAGGCGGCUCCAGUCGCAUCAUCCAGACCUCCCAGUCUGGCACCGCCCUGCAGACUGUUACCAUAGUGCAGCAGGCGCCCAUGGGUCAGCACCAGCUGCCUAUAAAGGCCAUCACACAGAACGGCACCCACAGCAUCACCACUGCCAUCCAUGGACCCGCCAGCUCAGCUGUGGCGAGCCCCCUCCACCUGCUGGCAGCCCACGCCUCGGCCUCGGCCUCCCUCCCCACCAAGCGGCAGAACGGGGACCAGGCGGCCAGCGAACAGCCCGACGCCAAGCGCAUCAAAUCAGAGGAGGAGGCGGCGUCGCUCCCUGUCACCGCGGCGGACUCGGACUCGUCGCCAGCUAACGACCCAGGCCUCAACUAGUCUGUACAACCACACACCACACAACCCCCCCCCCACCACCAC